AUGAAGCUCUUAGUGAUGAUCGGACCGAAUCGGUUCGACAUGGAGGUCGCGCACGUCAACGACCAGAGUCGGCCGACCGAGAUCGACACGGAGCUCUUCGCCGGCCGGGUCGUUGUAUUCGUUAAAGACUUUGUCGGCGUCGCACCACCCGGAUGUCAGCCCAUAAAGGAGCAUCCUUACUUUACCGGACGGUCAAGGAAAUAUGCGAUCCUCAUCGAAGGUGAGUAGUUCGGAACCUUGGUGCACCGGUGCUAUGCGAAACGCGACGUGAAGUAGGCCGAGGUUUUGCUUACGUCAUGACUUCAUCUCGGUGCUCUUCUCCCGUAAAGGCCGCUUCAAACAACGACCCGGGGUCGCCCCUUAUUCUGGAUCGGAGGUGCAGUUCGGGUCAGACUUUGGUAAGUCUGCCGUGUAGCAACGAAGGGUCAUUAUCAGCCUGUGGACGCGCACAGAUUUGCGCGAAUCGUCUCGGCUAUAAACCCGGCGUUCAUGUCCCUUGCUUUGGGAGCCAGUUGUAUUCCAAGUAAUCGCGCCUAUUGCUACAUACUCAUCCUAUAGGCUGCAAACAGAUUUUUUGCCCGAAUCCUUCCCUCAAGGCCCAUUCAGCCUCGGACUGAAGGUCGCUCAACGGGUCGAUCCCGCGACGUCCGCCGUUAUGAAACCGAGCAACGGUCGACCGUACAUCAUGUCUCCUUACUUGGCGUGCAUGAACACUUUUGCCGCCUACCCCGCCCCGAAUGCAUUGUCCAAAGCACUCGUCCAAGCCCUGCAUGACGCCGAUCACCCCCACAACGAUCAUGAAACCGAGUCCGCGACCUUUGUCCCGCGCGAAGAAGUCGAUAGCGACAGCCACGGCGUGAUGAAGACGACGCGCCAUGGGAUGCCGUAUUGGAGGUUCGUGGGUCUACGAGGCGACCCUGCGGUAGAGGAAUACGUUGAAAAGCAUCGCCAUUUGCUCGCGCCCGACGACCCCAUGGAUGUCCACGGUUCGGCGUUGGCUCUCGGGACCUCUAUCUCUCAUCUCGAUUCCUCGUCCUCGCCGAAACGGCACCCCAGUCGAGUUCGUCAAGAGUCACCAGAUGGACCUUCCGGACCCCAGGGCUGGGGUGCUCCCAUUCCUAUGUCGGACGGUGAGGAGACGCGCGAGCCGGCGAAGAAGAAGAAGGGAGGAAGGUUCAGCUGGGCAGGGUUCUUGGGUAGCGUAGAGAAGGAAUCGAACGAAACCUAUCUCCACGCAGGGGACUUGGUCAUGGCCGACAAGCUCAACAAGGGUUCAAUGGGGGAUGCCUCUCUGACAGGCGUUUCGAAGCAUUUGGGACCCUGGAGGUUCGCCGAUCCCAAGGUCGAUGCGAUCGAGGUGAGCUUUUCGUCUCCCGGGACCUUGAUGCGGCAUCCCAAACUGACACGAUGUGUGCCUCCCUAGGAUUCACUUUUCAUCUUCCACGAUUCCACACACGAGCGAUCGGUCGCCGAGCGUCGCAAGUGGUUUGUACAGAACCAUGGCUACAACCGUGACCAGUUCACCUACUCGCCCGACGUGGUCUACACCGCAUCAUUCUUCACGUCCUUCUGCGAUCUCAACACCUUUGAUCUCAAGUGAGUCUUGAAGCGGAGCGAGGAACGAUUGUCUUGCCAAUACAUCGGAACUAAUGCCUCGUUACGUAUCUCGAUCUUCCCAGAAUGGGUCCUCUCGGCCUCAAUAUCGCCCCUUACUUCGCCGAGCAGCCGAUCCGUUACACACUGCGAUCGACUCGGUUGGCACCGCGCCCCGACGGCAAGCCAGGGCCGGACGAGGAAGAGGUCUUUUGCACCAUAUCCUUCCAGCUCUCGAACCAGUAG